AUGACUGGAACAAGAAAAUUCUUUGUUGGUGGUAAUCACAAAUUAAAUGGUAACAGACAAUCAUUACAUACAUUGAUUGAAUCAUUGAAUAAUGCUACAAUUCCAUCAUCUGAUAUUGUUGAGGUUGUAAUUUCACCACCAUCAAUCUAUUUGGAGACCGCUCAGAAAGCAGUUGGUCCACGCAUUCAAGUGGCUGCUCAAAACUGUUACUCCGAAGCUAAAGGUGCCUUCACUGGUGAGAUCGCCGCAGAGAUGAUCAAGGACAUCGGAAAUCAAUGGGUUAUCUUGGGUCACUCUGAGCGUAGAAAGAUCUUUGGUGAGAGCGGUGAACUCAUUGCCAAGAAGUUGAAGCACGCCAUCGAAGUUGGAUUGGGUGUGAUCUUUUGUAUCGGUGAGCAGUUGGCCGACCGUGAAUUGAACCAGACCGACGCCGUUAUCUCCAGCCAAAUGAAAGACAUUCUCGGAUCGGUUCCCGAUUGGUCCAAGGUUGUCGUUGCCUACGAACCGGUGUGGGCUAUCGGUACAGGAAAGGUUGCCUCGCCACAACAAGCACAGGAUGCACACCACUUCAUUCGUGAGUGGCUGGCCAGCAACGUCUCCAAGGAGGUUGCAACCAACACACGUAUCAUCUACGGUGGUUCCGUCUCUGCAUCCAACUGCAACGACCUCGCAAAGGAAGCCGACGUCGAUGGAUUCCUCGUUGGCGGUGCAUCGCUAAUUGCUAACGACUUUAUCACAAUCAUCUCAUCCGCCAAACCAAAGUCAUCAUUAUAA